CUGGUACUCCGCCCAGAAACUAUGGAGAAAACGAGGACACGAAACUGAACUUCACAUUAAAAGACACAGAAUUUCAGAUUCAACCUCCUCCUUUAUUUUCUCUGAGAUGCGGGAACUUUCCCGCCAAAUCAAACAACCAUUAACGACCACCUCACUAACCGAACAGCCAUGGCCGCGCUUCACCAAACCUCAACAAUAUUUACAUUCAAAUCCGCUCUUUUUAUUUCUUUAAUCUCUCUGUAUCUCAUCCAUUUUCUCACUCCCUCGCAAAAAACCCUAACCCUAUCCCCCCAUAACGCCACGCCGAACAAAACCCAGAGCACCGCCAACUACAUAGUCCGUUUCACGGAGUACAGAAGGGCGGAGCAUCUACGUCAGUAUUUGGAGUCAAAAGUUAAAUCUGGCGGCUGGGAAUGGAUCGAGAGGCGAAAUCCGGCCAUGAAAUACGCGACGGAUUUUGGGCUGGUGGCGAUGGAGGAAUCCCAGAGGGAAAGAUUGAUUGGGGAGAUUGCGAAACUGGCGAUGGUUAAGGAUGUGAAUUUGGAUUUGAGCUAUAAAAGGGAUUUACUUGCCAGUAACGGUGGUGGUGCUUUUGUUGAUGGGAAGAAACGACCUGGGAAGAUAUUCACUUCGAUGUCGUUUAGCGAGGGAGAGCACUAUGCAAUGGCGUCAACUAGUAAUUCUACGAUUAAUUGGGGACGUCGUCUUCUGAUGCAGAAGUCACAAGUGACUUCUUUGUUUGGGGCAGAUGUCCUUUGGGCAAAAGGAUACACCGGUGCCAAAGUUAGGAUGGCUAUUUUUGACACUGGAAUUCGAUCUGAUCACCCACAUUUCCGUAAUAUUAAGGAGCGCACAAACUGGACUAAUGAGAAUACUUUGAAUGACAAUCUUGGACAUGGAACUUUUGUUGCUGGUGUUAUUGCUGGUCAAGAUGCAGAGUGUCUUGGUUUUGCACCAGAUACAGAGAUUUAUGCAUUUCGUGUGUUUACAGAUGCACAGGUAUCCUACACGUCAUGGUUCCUUGAUGCAUUUAACUAUGCCAUUGCCACCAAUAUGGAUGUGCUAAAUUUAAGUAUAGGUGGACCUGAUUACUUGGAUCUCCCUUUUGUUGAGAAAGUCUGGGAAAUAACAUCCAACAAUAUCAUUAUGGUUUCGGCUAUUGGAAAUGAUGGACCACUUUACGGCACUUUAAACAAUCCAGCAGACCAAAGUGAUGUUAUUGGUGUUGGUGGCAUAGACUACAGUGAUCACAUGGCCCCAUUCUCAUCCCGUGGCAUGAGCACCUGGGAGAUUCCACAUGGCUAUGGCCGUGUGAAACCAGAUGUUGUUGCAUAUGGGCGGGAAAUCAUGGGAUCAAAGAUUAGCACUGGUUGUAAGAGCUUAUCUGGGACUAGUGUAGCAAGUCCUGUGGUUGCUGGUGUGGUGUGCCUUCUCGUCAGUGUUAUACCUGAAAGCAGUCGUAAGGAUAUUCUGAAUCCAGCAAGUAUGAAACAAGCACUUGUUGAAGGGGCUGCUAAGCUUGCUGGUCCAAAUAUGUAUGAGCAAGGUGCAGGAAGAGUUGAUCUGUUAGAGUCAUAUGAGAUCCUGAAAAGCUAUCAACCUCGGGCAAGCAUCUUCCCUAGUGUUCUUGAUUUUACUGAUUGCCCUUAUUCCUGGCCCUUUUGUCGUCAACCACUAUAUGCAGGUGCCAUGCCAGUAAUGUUUAAUGCUACAAUUUUGAAUGGAAUGGGUGUCAUUGGCUAUGUUAAAGGUCCACCAACAUGGCAUCCCUUGGAUGAAGAAGGAAAUCUUCUAAGCAUUCACUUCACUUACUCAGAAGUCAUUUGGCCUUGGACUGGUUAUUUAGCACUACACAUGCAAAUUAAGGAAGAAGGUGCACAGUUUUCUGGAGAGAUUGAGGGUAAUGUAAGUGUUACAAUAUUUAGUCCUCCUGCUCUAGGUGAGAAGGGUCCUCGAAGUAGCACUUGUGUGCUGCAACUGAAAUUGAAGGUAGUUCCCACUCCAGCAAGGUCAAAACGGGUUUUGUGGGAUCAAUUUCACAGCAUCAAAUAUCCUCCUGGAUAUAUCCCAAGAGACUCUUUGGAUGUCCGUAAUGAUAUUCUUGAUUGGCAUGGAGAUCACCUACAUACAAAUUUUCAUAUCAUGUUCAACAUGUUACGAGAUGCUGGCUACUAUGUGGAAACUCUGGGUUCUCCUUUCACAUGUUUUGAUGCUCGUCAAUAUGGGACACUUCUGCUAGUGGAUCUUGAAGAUGAGUUCUUCCCAGAAGAGAUUGAAAAACUGAGAGAUGACGUUAUUAGUACUGGAUUGGGGUUGGCUGUGUUUGCUGAAUGGUAUAACGUGGAUACAAUGGUGAAAAUGAGAUUCUUUGAUGACAAUACUCGGAGCUGGUGGACUCCUGUUACUGGAGGUGCAAAUAUUCCAGCACUAAAUGACCUUUUGGCUCCUUUUGGGAUUGCUUUUGGAGAUAAGAUCCUGAAUGGUGAUUUUUCCAUUGAUGGAGAGCAAAGUCGAUAUGCAUCUGGAACUGACAUUGUGAGGUUUCCAAGAGAUGGGUAUGUGCACAGUUUCCCUUUCCUGGAUAGCUCAGAGAGUGGAGCCACUCAGAGUGUACUGCUGACUUCUGGCAUGACCAAGGCUGACUCUCCAAUUCUUGGCCUUGUAGAGGUGGGUGAAGGUCGAAUUGCUGUUUAUGGAGACUCCAAUUGUCUGGAUAGUAGCCAUAUGGUUACCAAUUGUUACUGGCUUUUGAAGAAAGUAUUAGACUUCACCAGUGGGAACAUUAGAGACCCAUUGCUCUUUUUGGAUUCUGCUAAGCAAAAAGCAGCCCUUUACAUAGAUGACAAACAAUUACCUUCUCGAAGAACUGAUGUGAAUUUUUCUUUGUAUUCUGCUGUUGUGAGAAAGGAUCUGAUAUGCAGGAGUGACUCCAGAUUUGAAGUAUGGGGAACUAAAGGAUACAAUCUACAUGUCAGGGGAAGGAACAGGAGACUUCCUGGCUAUUCUGUUAUAGAUUUGGGGAGAGGUCUGAAUUCAACUGCUGACAUUUCCAGAUUGAGGCGUCCAAGAAUUACUGAGAAAAGUAAGGGUGACUCACUGGGAAAUGGUUACUGGGGUAUGCUCUAUGGAGAUGAGCUUGAUGUUCCUGUGCUGGUUGCCAGUCAUUGGCUUGUGCCUGCAGCAGUAGCAGUUACUGGUCAGCGUUCUAUUAUUUUUGAGCAUUUGGCGAAUUCGACAAAAGCGUCGUCCAAGGAGGAGAGGGUCUGGCUCAGGUCGAUUAGGCAACCUAUAAUUUUAGGAACGAUCUUUUAAUCAGUUCCGAUCAUGCAAUGUUGUUAUAGAAUGUGAAUGUAAUUUUCCUUGAAUAUUACAUAUUUGGGAGUGGUGUUGCAGGCAUCAUGAUAAGAUUUAGCUCUGUAUUGAGUAGAGUUGUACAUUGCUCUUUCCAGAUGCUUGUGAUGGCACAAAUUUUUGAGGUAUACUUUCUUGUAACCUAACAUUUCUUUUUCUUUCUUUCUUUUUUUUUUUUUGAUGAAGAGUAAAGGAAUCUUUUUUUAGUGAAGAGCAAGGAAUGAUGUUACUUGUUAA